AUGACUGACAACGAGCCGCGUCAGCUCUUGCCCGAGACCGAAUCGCACCACAAUCUCUCGUCCAAGCUCGGUGCUUCUCGACCUCUUCCACCAAGAAGCCGUGGCAGCAAGGCGGCCAAGUCGCCUUUGAUUGGAUCGAAAAGUCUCGAGAUCAACGACGCCGACGAAUCAAGUCAACAUGCAGAUGACGACAACCUCGGUAACUCGCACGACUCUGAAGCAACAGCCAGAAGCCCCGAUGGCGAGCGCGCCGACCUCGAGGCAAGAGGCACCGCAUCGCCUGUACCCAUGGCGGUGCAGAGGGUCGUAUCUAGCAGCUCAGUACGCAGCAUGCGCUCCAAUGAUGCGAUGACACCCGACAUUCCCAAAGAAGAGAUCGAAAAGGCACUGGAAGGGCUCGACCGCGAUGAUCUCGUCGUCGCACUAGGUCGAGCAAAGGUGCAGAUGGACGAGAUCGAGGCAAGGCUCGACCAACAGGUGCUCCAGAACGAGACCCUUCACGACUCGACCGCCUCUUUGACGCAGGAACUUGCUCAAGCCGAAGCACAGACCCAGUCACUACAGACGCUCGUGAAGCAGAGAGAAGAGCGAAUCGACGAAAUCAUGGCCGACCAGGAGCGAAUGGAGGGCGAAGUCUACUCUACCAUGCAGAUCAUCGAACGUCUUCGCAAGCAGCUUUCCGACAGCGAGAGGAGUCGCAGCGAUGCCGAGAAGCGCUACCUCGAUCAAACAGCCACCAUGGACAAGGAGCGUCAGUACUACCAGGAUACCGAAGCGCUUCUUAAGUCGCAAAAGGCUACUCAAGCCACCGCCUACGACAAGCUUCUUUCCGGUCACAACGAGCUGCUUCGUGAGCACGAGCGCGUCACCAAUCGUUUGGCUUCGAUCAAGGCCAGUGCAGGUAUGCCCGACGUUGACUCGCCUCUAAAUGCACCACGCGACCUUGCCUCCGAUUCGACGGCCACAUCGGACAGCAUCGCACCAGAGGAUGUCGCGGACGCUGAUCAGCAGAACUCGAAUGGCGAUGGCGAAGCGACCGCUACAUCGCAGCGAGCUCGCAUCGAGGCAACCACAAACACCGUCUCCUUCGCCGAGGAAAGAGAUGUAGUUGCUCUGACCGAAGAGCUCGCCACCCUUCAAAAGUCUCACUCCUCGCUCUCCGAAACCAUGUUUACCUUGCAAGCCGAGCUCAGAGACGUUCGGGCCGAAAAUGUCACCUUGCGCGACCAGAACGAGACCUUCAUGGACAUUCUGCAGGAAAAGACUUUCAGCGGCGCCCUGCUCAACGAGAGUGCCAUGCUUCGUGGCAUCCGACGAGCCUCGCUGGGCGGCCGCCUCCGCGCUCGCGACGGCCUCGAUGAUCCCUACGACGACGAGUACACCACCGAGUCUGACUCGCUGAGCAUCGAUGUGGAUGAAGAUGACGACGACGAUCGCACUGGUGGCACAUCCGUACCGUCCGGCACCAUCCCCGAGGAGGACGAGGAGGACCUCGAUGAUGUACCUGACACGCCCAAAGCACCACCCAAGCAAGCAACGAGCUCUCGUCGAAGGCGUGCCGACUCCAUCACUGUCGUAUCAACCACCAACUUGGCCUCUGAGCUCGAGGGGACUUCCGGCACAACAGCGCCCGUCAGCGUCGAGGACAUAGCGACCCGAGAGAAGCGCUCGAACCAUCGCAUCGGCACUGUAUCUGACAGCGUUGAAGAAUUGCAGCAAGAGGUCCGAGAGCUGCGCGAAGCCAACCAAGCGCUCACGCUCUACAUCUCCAAGAUCAUCGACCGCAUCAUCUCGCGCGAGGGCUACGAACACGUUCUCGCCAUCGAAAGCCGAGGAACCGCUCGAGGUCCACGCCACAAGUCUUCCCGCGCCAAUCUCUCCCUUGGUCCCACUCCCAAGAAAGCAGCGAGCAAUAUCGAAGACGACCCUGGCUCGCGCAACGUCUCGAACGCCAGCAACACUUCGAACGCUUCGAACGGCAGUGCGACCAGUUUCGGCAGCAGCCUCUUCGGCUUCGGCGCAGCAUCCAGUGGGCCUCCACCAACAACAGCGCCCAAGAAGAGCAAAAGAACAUCGUCGAUCGACUGGCGCAACCUGCCCUUCCUCGGCGGUGGCAGCAGUAGCACGGACAAAGCGCCCGAAGCCAACGCCAACCUGCGACCUCUGGCCCUGCAGCCGGACAACCUGCUGAUCCCCGCCCGCGACAACUCAGCUCGCAAGGUGCGCACCAGCGAAGAAAUCGAAGACGAGCACGACGUCGCCGAGCGCGAGCGCAUUCGCCAAGAGCUGCUCACGCGUGGCAUCCAGCCUCCUAAGCAUCAGCUCGUGCAGAGUCCUACCAGUCCGCCUUCCAACCGUCCUCCCAGCCUCUCGCCUGCUGCUGGUACCGGAGGCUUCGCAGCCUUCUUCUCCCGCGUGGUAGGCGGUGCAAGCGCCAGUACGCUCAGUCCGACGGGAUCAGACUUCCAAUCGCAAGCGUCGAGCACACCUGUUCGAUCCGCGGACUCUGGUCUGGAGCGCGCUAUCUCAUCAACACCUGCAGCGUUACGCGACGCCGAGCGAACCCGCGCACUCCAGCUGUCGGCAGGCAGCGGAUCGAGCCUGACCAAGCUCAGCGGUGGACCCGGCAUCGCCUCGCGCGCACGCCAGCAACGCGCCGAACGACACCAGCAGACACUCGAUGUCGCCGCCGAAUACCCGUUCCCUUCCUCCCUGCGCAGCAGCCCCGACAGUCGCAGCGGCGCGAGCAGUGUUGCGGAGAGCUCGAUGUUUGAGACGUCGAUUGCGGGAGAUGAGAGCUACUAUCUGCCGAGUGGACCGCCGUCCGAGUCGGGCCGCUCGCCGUUGGAGGCGUAUGGAGGUGCUCUGCCGCCGCUGCCGCACGAGACGACUGGAGAGGAGGACGAGAGGGCCGUUCGAUCCCCGGCACCGACGAGCAGCCAGGACCAGGGAUGGAAGCGCGCGUUCAGGCGGAUCAGCCUGUUGGGCGCCACGUCGCCCGAUGCGCAGCAGGGAGAGGGAGAGCCGCAGCGCAGCCCGCUUGCCACACCGACGGCAUUGCCCACCACAUUGGAGCACGAGCAGGAAAAGUAG